AUGUAUGAGCUUUGUGUCGAACCAAGAAAGUGGCUCAAGCCGUUUGAAGCAAAGAGGAGAGUUUGGGACAUAAAUUUCAAGCUCGGGUUGGAGUGGUUCAUUGCUUGGGAAGAAUUUGCCAAGAGAGCUAUUGUUGGAAGUUCACUGAUGGAUAAGUUAUGGAUGGACGCUGAUAGAAGGUCCAUGACGUUUGAUUUAGGAUUAGAGGAGUUUCUAAAGUUUGCUGAGUCUAAUGCGGUUAACAAAAAUAGAAUUUCUUGUCCUUGCUUAAGUUGUUGUAACACAAAGGAAUUUUCUGUUGGAGUCAUUAAGGAUCAUAUAUUUUGGAAUGGUAUUAACCGGAGUUAUAAGCUAUGGAGGUGGCACGAGAAGAAGUCCAUAGCACCUCCAAAUGAGAGUAGAGUCAACUCAGUAGAAAGUGUGAUUUGGGAACCUGGGACAGGGGAGUAUGAUGUAGAAAUCGGAGAAAGUGAGGAUGAUGAGGAGGAGAUGUCGGAAGACUCUAAUGAGUUUUUGAGGUACGUAGAGGAUGGGGCUCAACCUUUGUACCCUGGUUGUACCCAUACAACCAAGCUGAAUGGUCUAAUUCAGACCUUCAAUUUGAAAGGAAAGCAUCGAAUGACUGAUUCUUACUAUUCUGAUAUGCUAGAAAUGAUUAAGGGUCUACUUCCUGAAGGGAAUCAAAUCCCUUUAUCUGUGUAUGAUGCUAAAAAGACACUUAGUGUUUUAGGGAUGGAGUACCCCAAAAUUCAUGCAUGUCCUAAUGAUUGUAUCUUGUAUAGAAAUGAUUAUGCAGACGCUAAAAAGUGUGACAAAUGUGGUAUGUCAAGGUGGAAAUUGAGAGAGGAUAAUACUAAGAGAGGAGGAAUACCUGCGAAGCUGGGUAACGAUAUCGAUGUCUACUUGCAGCCUUUAGUAGAUGAUUUGAAGAAGUUAUGGGAUGAAGUUGAUGGAGUAUUCGAUGCACAUAGAGGGGAGUACUUCAAUAUGAGAGCGAUGCUUCUUUGGACUAUCAAUGACCUUCCCGCAUAUGGAAACUUUUCUAGUAGUGUCGUUAAAGGAUACAGUGCAUGUCCAAUAUGCCUUGACCAAACCAAACCUUAUAGGUUAAAGAAAGGUAAGAAGCAGGCUUACAUGAGGCAUCGCCGGUUCCUUACUAGACAUCAUCCGUAUAGGAGGCAAGCUGCUGCAUUUGACAACACUAUAGAGGAAGACCUUACUUCUGUACCAUUGACCGGAGAAGAGGUGCUGGCUAGAGUACAUGGUCAGAUUGUUGAGUUUGGGAAAAGCAAACCCCUUUUGAAGUGUGGUAAAGACCAACCUAGACCUUGCUGCAAGAAGAAGUCUGUUUUCUUUCAGCUUGAUUAUUGA